AUGCCUUGUUAUGCUGAUACUAUUGUUAAAGUGAAUCAGGUUCGUCAAACUUGCAACAAGGAUUCAAAAUUGUUUGCCGUACGGACAGUUGGUGUUUAUUCUAUUGAGAGUGAGGAUUGCGAAUUGGAUAUGACUUUAUUUAUUCCGAUGAAUGAUGAAGAGAGAGAUCCUAAUUCACAAUCGAUUUUUGAAACAAAUGAGUAUUAUUGUGUUGGCAGAAAAAUCGUGCUUGGAUCUUACAAUAGAAAUUUAAGAUUAAAAAUGACUGUCGCAUCCUCGACUCACCUUUCAAUUAAAAAAGAUUUUGGUUCAAAUAGGUGCCCAUUAAAAGUUUCGCUUGUUGGUGUUGCUCAGGAUGCACCUAAAGAGACUAAUCGUGAAAACGCAAUACUUAAUGUAUUAGUAAAUGAUUAUGCUGGGCAAAUUUACAGUUUUACGAUCAAAAUUAUUGAAAAGGAUUUAUAUGUGUAUGCCGUCGAUAUUUCUAAUAUUGAUACUGGUUUUGCAACAAAGAAGAAAGUUAAUAUUUCUGAGAAUACUCCAGCACUAUAUAGAUCCAUUUGUUCAAGACUUUUAAACGUAUAUCAGAGUGUUAAUAAAGAUUCAUCAAAAGCAGCCGGGAUGAAAAAUUCAGAUUUAGAUAACAAAAAGAACAAACGUACAAGAGUAGAAGACGAGAAAGAUGAUUUCACCGAGUAUGUUGAUGAACAUACAAAUGAUCGUGAUAAAGAAAGUAUGGAUAGGAGUAAUAAAUAUAAGAGUGGUAUUGUUCAGGAUAAUAAAAGUUCAGAGUGUAAUUAUGAAAAUUUAAAUAAAGGCAAGGAAAAGAUUAUUUAG